AUGGCCAGAAGACCAGCUAGAUGUUACAGAUACCAAAAGAACAAGCCUUACCCUAAGUCUAGGUACAACAGAGCUGUCCCAGACUCCAAGAUCAGAAUCUACGACUUGGGUAAGAAGAAGGCUACUGUUGAUGAGUUCCCAUUAUGUGUCCACUUGGUCUCUAACGAAUUGGAACAAUUAUCUUCUGAAGCACUAGAAGCUGCUCGUAUCUGUGCCAACAAGUACAUCACCAAGGUUACUGGUAGAGACUCUUUCCACUUGAGAGUUAGAGUCCACCCAUUCCACGUUUUGAGAAUCAACAAAAUGUUGUCGUGUGCCGGUGCAGAUAGAUUGCAACAAGGUAUGAGAGGUGCUUGGGGUAAACCACAUGGUUUGGCUGCUCGUGUCGACAUUGGUCAAAUUAUCUUCUCUGUCAGAACCAGAGACAACAACAAGGAUGUUGUUGUUGAAGGUUUGAGAAGAGCCAGAUACAAGUUCCCAGGUCAACAAAAGAUCAUUAUGUCUAAGAAGUGGGGUUUCACCAACUUGGACCGUGAAGAGUACAUCAGAAGAAGAGACGCUGGUGAGAUCAAGGACGAUGGUGCUUUCGUCAAGUUCUUGUCUAAGAAGGGUUCUUUGGAGGAAAACCUAAAGGAAUUCCCAGAGUACUUUACCGCUCAAGCUUAA